AUGUCGGCAUACACGGAUCAUGGGAAGACGACAUCAGCGAAGAAGAACAGUGGGCGAAAAGCAACUUUGACAGAGAGAGAGAGAUCUUCGUGCAUUGAAAACGAUUGUUUCGAAAAAUCCCAGAACUACUGUAGCACAGGUGACCGGACAGCAGCCCUGAAUAUUCGUUUUGAAGACACUAUUUCCACAAAAACUGUCCGACGUAAGCUUCACAAACCCAACAACCACGGUAGGGCUGCAAUAGCUAAACCUCUGAUUACUGAAAGUAAUGCUCAGAUGAGUAAACGGUGGUGUCACGAUCAUAAAUCCUGGACGCCAGACAUGCGGAAACGCGCGCGUGAUAUAGUCAGUAGUACUACUUGUGGUUUUUGUGGUGGUGGUGGUAGUAGUAGUAGUAGUAGUAAAAGCAGUAGCAAAGGUAGUAGAAGUGGUAGUAGUGGUAGUAGCAACAGUAGCAGAAGCAGCAGUAGUGUUUGCGGUGGUAGUAGCAACAGCAGCAGUAGUAGUAGCAGUAGCAGUUGUGGUUGUGGCAGUAGUAAUAGUAACAGUAGCUGUUGUGACAGUAGUAAUAGUAGCACUAGUGGUAGUAGUAAUGGCAGUUGUGGUUAUGGUUGUGUAAGGUGCAUAAUCACCGCCGAAGAUCUGGCAUUCCUUAUCUCGGACUUAGAAGAAGUGAGUGGUCAGCUUCAUGCUUCGGUCAAAAGAAAUAUAAGUGGAUGCGUUACCUCAGCCUAA